AUGUUGGAAAAGAAAGACUCCCUUCUUCACUCGUUCGCGUUGUUCUGCUCGCUGCUCUGCCCCGACAGCAAGCUCCGCUUUCUUCAGGCGACCGUGCAUCUUGUAAACAGUUGUUUGGGCAAAGUGGCUUCCACUCGGUCGACCGCUCUUCCGCUUCGCCGCCUCUCUUAUCUUGUCUCCCCUCGACAGUCUCCUCUUUUCUCCUUUUUUUGCUCGUCAGUCUCCCUUCUUCUCCUCCCUGCGUUUGACUCCUCUCUCAUCGUCUCGCUUCCCUUGAAAACGGUGACCUAUAGACCUACAGUCUCCCCUGCUGUCUCUCUGAGCCUCUUGCUCUGUCUCUCUCUCUCUCUUGGUCUUUCUCCUUCGCUCUCUGUGGCCCAACUCUUCAUUUCUCCUUUCGCGCUCUCUCUCUCUCCAUGUUCAUGUCUGUCUUCCCUCGACCGCGCGUCUCCUUCUCUGUCUCCUGUAUUUCUAGUGCAUCUCGUUGCUUCCUCUCCUGUAGCUCCUGUCCUCCUUCCUUCCUUCCGUCUCGCUUUCGUUCGCUCUCCCUUCUCUCCCUGGUUUAGUGUGUCGAAGCCUCUGGGAGCUUGGACGCUCGGACGCGCUGUGUCGAAGAGAUCCUCGAAAAAGAUUCUCGCAAAGACAAACAAACAGACAGACAGACAGACAGACAGACAGACAAACAGACAAACAGACAGACAAACAGACAGACACCACCGGGCGAGGAAGCGGCUGCUGUGUUUGGCCGAGCAGUUGAGGACGAACAGAUUCGUCUCGGGGACUUGCAGCGAGACCCGUUGA